CAAACUCAAACGUUUGAGAUCUCUUACUGCAAUUCCUUAUUCUCACAGAAUCGGUCACUAAUCUGCAACCAUGAAGCUUGAUACCAGUGGUCUCGAAUCGUUUCCUACACUGAUUGCACCUGGAAACGACGUCGUUGGAGAUUUCUCCGCACCCCCAUCAUUCGACCUUCCGAAUUCCAAUGAUUUCGAUGGCUUCCUGAAAGAAGCUAUUCAGAUGGUGAAGCCUGCAAAGGGUACUACGACUCUUGCUUUUAUAUUUAAGGAGGGUGUCAUGGUAGCUGCGGAUUCAAGAGCUAGCAUGGGAGGAUAUAUAUCUUCGCAGUCUGUAAAGAAAAUUAUUGAAAUCAAUCCGUAUAUGCUUGGGACAAUGGCUGGAGGUGCUGCUGAUUGCCAAUUUUGGCAUAGAAAUCUUGGCAUCAAGUGUCGUUUGCAUGAGUUGGCAAAUAAAAGGAGAAUUUCAGUAACAGGAGCUUCUAAGUUACUUGCAAAUAUUUUAUACUCUUAUCGUGGAAUGGGGCUAUCUGUUGGUACCAUGAUUGCUGGAUGGGAUGAGACGGGUCCUGGUCUAUAUUAUGUUGAUAGUGAAGGAGGAAGACUUAAAGGCACUAGGUUCUCUGUUGGAUCUGGUUCACCAUAUGCUUACGGUGUAUUGGACAGCGGGUACCGAUAUGACAUGUCAAUUGAGGAAGCUUCUGAACUGGCUCGACGAGCAAUUUAUCAUGCAACAUUUCGUGAUGGAGCUAGUGGUGGAGUUGCUAGCGUGUACUAUGUGGGACCAAAUGGGUGGAAGAAACUGUCUGGUGAUGAUGUUGGGGAACUUCAUUACCAUUACAACCCAGUUAUCCCAAGCACUGUGGAACAAGAAAUGGUUGAGGCAACUGGAGCUUGAUGGGCGUCUUUCUUAAGUUUACUUAGCUUGCCUGCUUAUUUUGAAUGAAUUGCAUUAAACUCUGAUCAUUUUAUAUUCGAUAAUUGACAUUAGUUUGACGUUUACAAGUGCUAUACUAUACUGUCGUCGUGUUGAGAUUUGAGAUCAAGUCAAAUUAAAUUUACCGUCGAAAAUGAAGUAUAGAGCCAUAUGUAAUAUGGAGAGUAAGUUUAAAUGGGGAAAGCAGGUUGGUUAAACGUGUAUUGCUGGCUAUUUUCUGAUGUAAUUCAUAUUGCGAUUUAUGGUUUUCAUUG